CGGAGAUAAAUGUCAUUAACUAAUAUGGGUUAUGUUGUUCGUGAUACAAAAAAUGAAAUUGGAAAUCUCUCGAAUAGAAAAUUUCACAUAAAAAAACAUCAAAACUUGUAAAUUAUCAAAUUAUGGUAACUUAAACUAUUAAACGAAAGUUUAAAUAAAUUAUGUCUGGAAUUGCAAUUGAGGACUCCCAAACAAUUGAUGAAGAUGAAGCUGGAGCAAUUCGCCUUGGAGACAUAUAUAUACCGCCCCCUUAUAAACCACCUGAUCAUAUUAGGAAAACUCUGGUAAUGGUGAAAAUAGUGAAUAAAAAUUUCAAAAGUUUUUAUGGAGAAGUUACUCUUGGACCAUUUCAUGAACGAUUUACAUCAAUUAUUGGACCAAACGGCAGUGGAAAAAGUAAUGUUAUUGAUGCACUAAUGUUUGUUUUUGGUUCACGCGCUAAUAAAAUUAGAUCAAAGAAACUGUCGGCUCUGAUACAUGAGUCUGCACUUCAUAAAAAUAAUGAUAGUUGUUCAGUCAGUAUUCAUUACAAACAAGUAAUUCGGGAUCAAGAAGAAUGCCAAGAUGUUCCUAAUAGUGAAAUAAUAGUUUCGAGAACUAUAUUUAAAGAUAAUAGUGGCUUUUAUAAAUUAAAUAAUGAGAAAGUUCCAUAUAAAACAAUUUUUAAAUUGUUUAAGGAGCUUGGUAUUGAUUUAAAUCAUAAUAGAUUUUUGAUAUUGCAAGGAGAAGUUGAACAAAUUGCUUUAAUGCGAAGUAUGGGACGUAAUGAAAAUGAAGUUGGUAUGCUUGAAUACAUGGAAGACAUAAUAGGUACUUCUCGAUAUAAGACGGCGUUAAAGAAUCUUCAAAAUAAGGUUGAAGAACUUAUUGUUAGCAAAUCUGAAAAAAUUAGUAAUGCUGAAAUAGCACGUCAACAACUUGAAGAUUGUAGGAAACCUAGAGAUAAUGCUGUCGAGUUUUUCCAAAUUGAGAAUAAAAUAGCAAAUUAUAAAAAUAUUUUAUUACAAAAACAAUUAUCGAUUUCACAAAGUGCAUUUAACAAAUUUGAAGAGAAAAAAAGAGCCCUUAAUUCUACAAUAGCCGAACAAAGAAAAAAAAUUGAUGCAAAUGAAGAUAUUAAAAGUAAACUUGAAAAUGAAAUAGAAGCAUUUAAAAAUAAAACUAAUUUUAUAUUGUCAAGAAUCAAUGAAUUAGAUAAGACUUUUGACAAACUGAAUAAAGAUGAUAUUGAAAAAGGUGAAGAAAGUAGAAGUGUUAAUGUAAAUAGAAAAAGCCUUAUGAAGAAGCUGCAAGAGUCUAAAAUAAACCAAGACAAAUUAAUGGCAAAUCCCACAAAAUACUCUAGUGAAAUUGCUGAAUGUGAAAAAAAAUUAAAAUUCUUGAAUAUUCAAUAUGAGAAGGAAGCUGAAGCAUUAGAACAAAGUAAAAAGAAAAUUGGAAAAGUUUCUACACAUCUUAUAGAAGCAAAAAACAGCUUGCAAUUGAAAUUAAAACCAGAGAAGAAUAAAUUACAUGAAAUAAAUGAUGAGUAUAAUAAAUUAAUUCAUAAAUUAAAAGUAAGUACAAACAAAAGCAAUCAAUUACAAAAUAAUGCAAAAUCUAAAAAAAGCAGAUUGGAAAAUGCUAUGAUGCAGCUUGAAGAAAGAAAUUUGUUGAUAACGAAUUUAGAAAACAUUAUUCAAUCAUCUACAAAUCAAAUUGCAAAAUAUCAAUCUGAACUUAAGGAUAUUUUACAACAAGAAGAAUUGAAUAACAAAGAGGUUUCAGAAAAUAGGAAUAUACUCAAUGAACUUAAAGAAAUAGAUUUUACUAGAUCUCGGAGUAAAGUUCUUGAUUUUUUGCAUAAAAAGAGCAAUGAAGGAGAACUAGAUGGACUAUUUGGUAGAUUGGGUGAUUUGGGAAGUAUUGAUGUUAAAUAUGAUAUUGCAAUAUCAACUGCAUGUGGAGCUUUGGACAAUAUAUUAGUGGAAAACAUUACAACUGCACAAAAAUGCAUUGAACUUCUUAAACAAUAUAAUAUUGGCAGAGCCACAUUUAUUGCUUUAGAUAAGCAACAACACUUUUGGGAUAAUAUUAAAGCAAGAUUUGAAAGUCCUGAAAACCUACCACGUUUGUUUGAUCUAAUACGCGUAAAUGAUACUAGAAUAUUACCAGCAUUUUAUUAUGUGACAAGAAACACAUUGGUUGCUUCUAACUUGGAUCAAGCAACGCGGGUGGCUUAUGGCAGGAACCGCCACCGAGUUGUUACAGUUAAGGGCGAAUUGAUUGAAUUAGCAGGCACUAUGUCUGGGGGAGGGAACAAAUUUCGACGUGGUAUUAUGUCUAAUCAAAUGCUGAAGAAAUCACAAUUAUAUAAUACUUCUAAAUAUAAUUUGAACGAUAUUCAGCGUGAAUGUGAAAGACUUGAAGAAAUCAAGAGGGAUAUCACUCGAAGAAAAGAUAAUGCUGCUGAUCAGAUAAAUGUAUUGAAUCAAACAUUAUCAAGAGAUAGAUUGAAACUUAAUGAUAUUAAGAAAGUUAUUAAGCCUAUAUUGGAAGAAUGUCAACAGUUAAAAGAAGAAAUUAAAAAUUCAGAAACAAUAGAAGUACCAGAUGAAGUUUCUUCACUUCAAAUAAUUGUUGCUGAAAGGAAGAGAGUACUAGAUGAACAGCAAGACGUUGUUAAUAAGAUUGAAGAAGAAUUAAAUGAAGUUUUAGAAAAAAUUAACUCUUCGGUGAUUGGCUCGAUCAAAUUUGAACAAACAAAAAUUAAUAAUUUGAAAAAAGAAAUAUCAAAAUUUCAAAAUCAAAUUAUGACACUAAAAGUUGCUACUACUAACAAUGAAAAAAAAGUGGCAAUGACCAAAAAACAAAUCAGCUCUAUGGAACUUGAUAUUGAAAAGUGUCAAAACCAGAUUUUAAAACUGCAAGACGAAAGGAAAAAGAUCGAAGAAAAUGCUCAAGUUGUAAUGAGGGAGAAGGAAGAACAUGAGGUUAAAUUAAAUGAAAUUAAAGAAACAUAUCGUGUCACAAAGACAAAACUAAAAUCUAUAAAUAAGGCGCGUACUGCGUUGAAUUCAGAACUGUUGGAACUUGAAAAUCAAUUUACUGAAAUUCGACAAAAGUUGAAUAAUUAUUCCAAGGAAAUUGAUUUGUACAAUUCAGAGAAAAAUCAAUUGAAAUUAAAUGAGUCAUCAUUGACUAAUUUAGUUGAUGAAUGUUUUAAAACAUUAACUGCCGAAGAGCUAGCUGAUAUUCAUGUUAAUGAGGUGGAAAAACAAAUUCAUGAUGCUGAAACUAAAAUAAAAGAAAACAAACUUGAGCCAAAUAUUACUGCAAUUAAUAUUUUCAAUGAGAGCAUUGCAAGAGAUGAGGAUGCGCAAAAAGCUGUAUCUCUUGUAACUAGUGAGCUGGAAAGAAUAAAAGAACUUUUAAAUACUCUGGAAGAGAGAAGAAUGGAUGAAUUUAUGACAGGUUUUGGCAUUAUUGCAAUGAAAUGUCGAGAGUUUUAUAGAAUGCUUUCACUGGAUGGAGAUGCAGAUCUUGAUCUUGUUGAUAGUUAUAAUCCAUUUACCAAGGGAGUUACACUCAAUAUUCGC